GUGAUUAUUCUUUCCUUGAAAUCGCAAGGAAAUAAAGAAGACGUUACAAAGAUGAGGCGUUUCACGGAUAUAAAAUGGGGAACUGAUACCCAAGCAUUCCAUUGUAGCAAGGAAUAAGAGAAGAAAAGAAUGGCGGGACAAAGCUUGAGAAAUCUCAAAAUUGUGGUGUUCAUCUUCCUAGCCCUUACUUCUGGAUGGAUGGUGGCUCAGACGGAGGGGCGGACAUGCUAUAAACACAGCGAUGCGUUUAUAGGACCGUGCAUUGAAGAAACAUGUGCUGAACUUUGCAUUUCUUUUGAGAAGUGGGAUGGCGGAUUUUGCUCGGGUGAUAAAUGCACUUGUUCGAAGCAAUGUGCUGAGUCCACGCUUUAGUGGGUUUGUAAUUCAC